AUUCAGAAAACUUAGAAAAUUAGAAUCCGAAGGAGAAAAACUUUCAUUGAAAGUAAAAUCUAGGGCUUCCUGGGACAAUUGCUUCGUAGAGAAUGACAUUUUGACUCGGAAAUCUGCGGGUGAAGAUACCAUGAAAACUAUUCGUUUCCAUAGCAAAAAUGGAAAACAUCGUUUCAUGCUCGUGAUGUUCCUGUUAACAGAGAUUUUCAAACUUCUCGCUUCACAAUCUUCGUGCACAAAACGUGAACUGUACUAUCGUGAUCCAAAGCUUACUCGCAACCAAAGACAUGUCGAUGAAGGUCUCCGGGACAUUUGUUCUCUGUUAAAAGCUGAUCCCUGGGAGCUAAAAGUAUUUGCCUCUUCAAAAGGACUGGUGGCAGGACCUCUUCAAUUUCGUUCGAAAAAUGAGGAGAUGGUUGAUUGUUUCAAUUCUCUUGGAACUUCAAUCCCCUGUGACGUACAUGGAUUGGUAGAGAUUACCGUUAACGCUGACUUGCUGUUGAUAGUGGAAAAGGAUACCGUUUUUCGGCGACUUUUAGACGAUGGUGUUCUAGUGCGACUUACAAAAAGAGUGAGUAAAGGUUAUCCAGAUGUGGGAACUCGUUUACUAUUGAAGAAAAUUUGGAAUUUAUAUCAGACACCCAUGUAUGCACUAGUAGAUGCAGAUCCUUAUGGAAUCGAAAUCUAUUGCGUUUACAAGUUUGGCUCUCUGACACUUUCUCAUCAGUCGCACAGUUUAGCUGUCCCGACGAUUCAAUGGCUUGGAAUUCGACCAUCUCAUAUAGCUUUAUUACAACUGAAGAAGCUUCCACUUACCGAUAGAGAUCACUCCCGAAUAGUUGAAUUGUUGAAACGUCCUUAUAUUGGUAAAUCUGGUUGUGAGUUGCAAAGGGAACUGAAACUUCUACAGCAAGAAGAAGGCAAAGCAGAAAUUGAAAGUUUGGCCGAUUUAUCAAUAGACUAUUUAGUAAGCAAGUAUCUGCCCAAUCAACUCGAACAGUUGUCGUUAUAA